AUGCUUGGGUCAAUUGCUGUUUAUCAUAGUGGUGGGAUUAUGGGAAGGGAUAAGUAUCGAUCUGUUUAUAAAGCUAGUUUGUAUAGGCAUGUUUCAAAGAAGCGAGCUGUGUGUAUAAAAGUUGCAAACUGCCCUACCCCUAAAUUUGUUCCUUACCAUAGGCUGAUGUCAUAUAUUAAGUCCAUUGAGGCUGGUAAGUUGCACAAUGUUUGGGAAGAAUUAUGUGAUGGACUGGAUGAAAAUGAGAAAAUGAAUGGUUUCUCCAGAGAUAUUGAGGAGUUAGUAUUAAAGUUAGCUGAUUUUUAUUUAAAUAAUGAUCAGUACAGUCCUAACUUUUGA